AUGUUGGCAGAAGGCAUUAUUGAACCGGCAUCAGGGCCGUGGACCGCGCCGAUCGUUAUCGUUCAAAAGCCUUCUGGUGAACCAAGGUUUUGCGUUGACUAUCAAGGAUUGAAUAGACUUACAGUGAAAGACUCGUAUCCGCUUCCAAGGAUAGACGAGUCCCUCGAUUUUCUAGCAAGAGGUAAUUUUGUGUCCACAAUCGACUUAGCCAGGGGUUAUUGGCAGGUGGCCAUGGAAGAAUCAUCUAGGCCAAAGACCGCUUUCGUUUCUCACCGUGGGCUGUACCAGUUCCGUGUUCUACCCUUUGGCCUGUGCAAUGCCCCAGCCACUUUUCAGAGGCUCAUGAACACAGUGCUGGCAGGCCUCAUCUACAAGUCAUGCACAGUUUAUCUCGAUGAUAUUGUAGUUGCCUCACCUACAUUCCAACAACACCUGAGAGAUCUUGAGGAAGUCCUGGCUAGGCUGAGGUCUGCUGGCCUGUCAAUCAAGUUGGACAAGUGUCAGUUCUGUAGAAAGGAACUUACCUUCUUGGGUUAUCGGGUCACCAAGGAGGGUAUUCUACCAAAUGAGGAGAAGGUGAAGGCUGUGGUAGACUUUGCUACUCCAGUAAACAUUAAGCAAGUGAGACAGUUCUUAGGCAUAACCAGCUACUACCGGUGUUUCAUUCAUGAAUAUGCCCGACAUGCUGAACCUCUUUUCGCUCUUACGAGAGCCAAUGUUCCUUUUGGGUGGACAUAA